UUCAAACGUGGAACGCGUUUUGCCGCCUUUUUGUAAAUAUCUCGUGACACAAAAUAAACGAAAAAAAACAUCGGUGACAUCAUAAUAUUAACCGACCGAACCGAAACCGCGAGUGUUGUGUUUGUGGUGUGAAGUGACAAACCGAGUUUGCUUUCACUGGACUGAAAGUUAUAAUAUUCGGAGAGCUUCGAAAGGAUUUGAAAUGCGAACGGCGAAAAGAAUGCUAGUUAUGUGAUCAACCGAAGAUACACGAAGAGCAAGAUGUCGCCGGUCUGCCACAGCUUCGUGCAGAACGCGUGGAAGAAGGACUUCUGCUCCAACUGCUUCAAAGCCAGAGAGGAGCACGUCAAGCAGGAGAAAACGGUGCCAGACGGCAAGUACAUGUCGACGCCCUUCCAAAACCGAAGCACCUACUUCAAGAAAUCCCCGCAAGGAAUCCUCAAAGUCUGCCCCAAGAAGAACGGCAAACGAAACGUCAGGUUCCCCGAGGAGGUCUGCAGUGUCAUCGGUUAUGGAGGCGACGAUUGGUCGGAUGGAGAAGAAUUCGAGGUGUCCGAAGACAACGACGAUGAUGACAUCUUCCCCGACACAGAGGAAGAGAGAGAGCUUCAUAAAAUAACUAAAACUAACACAGACUUUAACACUGUAAAAGCUAAUCUUCUCGGUGAGACGAUACCGAAACCUUACACUUCGUUACUGCUGGGUAGAGUGCAGACUGAUUCCGAUGGGAAGAAGAAAACGCUUAUGGUUUCGGUAACUCCUUUCGGUUCAGAAAACAAGGGGCCUUCUGUCAAGACGCACACACGAAAACCCGCCGUUAUCAACAUUGGCGAUCAGCCUUUAGAAGCAACGCACGGUUACAAAACCAACAUUAUACUUACUAACUAUAUAAAAGAAUCGGAAACGCUUAUAACCUCUGAAGGUGGAAAAGCGGACGGUAUAUUGUGUACAGAGAAGUCACUACUUGAAGAAAUAUCUGAAACAUUGCAACAAAACAGAAUGGGGGGUAACACAGAUCUGAAUCUAGUUAACGGUAACAAGAAACCGAUGGUUGUUGAAGGCAAAGUAAAAGAAAGUAUGCAAGAUGAUUUCGACAAAAAAGAAACAACUGAAACAAAGAAAAAUGGUCUUGUGAGAAAAUCACCUUUAAUAAAAACCCAGGAGAGACCAAAAGUGAAUCUUAGCAGAUCUGAAUUUAAAUUUUGUAAAAUCAACAUCGAAAAUACGAGUAUCGAUUCUGCAGUAGACACAUUAAAUUCGACCACCAACAAUUCCUUUACCUCAGACGAUGAAAGCUUUAGUGGACGAACUGAUUCUGAUAAUGAUGAUAGUGGUCACUUCUCUGAAACCCAUAAAAAUGAAGAGACUGUCAAAAUAAAAGUAUUCAAUGAAACUGAUAAAAAUAUAAAAUUAUCACCUAUCGGACAAUCUAGAAAAGUAGAUGGUCAAUCUUUAAGCGGAUACUCCACAUUCCAAAGUCCUAUUAUGGACUUACCUUCAGUCAUACCUAAACAAUCUGAUGCCUUAUUCUCUGCCGAUACCAGUAGAGAGUUGGCUGGUGAACCAGAUGGCAGAGCUGAUCCUGAUGACGUUUCUGAGGCACCUGCAUUACCAAGUAGUCCAGUACCACCAAUGGAUCCAAGGCCGUCAUUCUUACAUGGAAUAAUUACAGACAUAAUGCCUUCCAAACCCAUCCCACCCGAAAAGCCAAAACUGCCGGCGAAACCGGUGAUUAAAGCAAAGAAGAUGACGCAGCAAGUUAUGCACACAACAACUAAAGAGGAAGAAAUACAUUAUAUGCAUGAGCAGAAGAAGACCGAAAUGCUUGAGGUCCAAUCUGAAUCAAUCUAUUACGCAAAACCAGUGCUAACGAAACAGGACAGUGACACAUCGUUGAGCAGUUUGUACAAAAGAAAAGCCCCCACGCCACCUUUGUCACCAACCGAAGAAUUCUCUAACAGCUUGUACCAAAGAAACCCGAACACCUUUGCUAAAUCAGAUUCACCGGUAGUCCGAGAAAUGGAAAAGCGGGAGAGAGCGGGGAUAUCAACCAUACCAAAGUCAAAAUCAACAGACGACGACACCAGACAAGAUGUUCCUGAACCAGCGCCCAGACGAAACAUAUCCCUGUCCCACGACAAUCUACUUUUGGACGAGAAAAGGAAGGGCAAACUAAAAUUCUCCAUCAAAAAGCUACUUCGCAUAGGUUCAUCAAAAGACUUAGAUAAAAAGGAACUGAGUGUGGCCAACCUAACGAAAAUGGCGGUCAAGCCCGAGGAAAUCUACGACAUAACACCCAAGCCCAAACCGCGGCUUGUCAUUAUUCACCCAUUGGACAUAAACGGAUCCAGCGUUGAGGUUGUUAAAUCUAAUAGCUGUGAAGUGUCACAGAGUACCCGGAGACUGAGUCACGAUGACGUAUCGAUAUACAGUGGAACGAGUUCCACUGAGGAACCCCAAACCCCCCGAGCAGUGAAACCUCCCCCACCCCCGAGACUGUCGAGUGAGGAGAACAAAACCCAUCUCGUCCCAAAACCUGCGAGGCCACCCCCUCCAAAAUCAGUCACCCUGCAGAAGAAACAGAAACAACAAGCGUGGACGGCGAACCCAAAGCAGGAAGACACCAUUUAUGCCAAUCUGGGAGAAAUUCGGUCAGCGUUAGCACCGAGAAAACCCGAAAGGACCGCCAGUAUGAGGGAACGUGAGACACAGAUGGAGCUUCUAAAGCGCAGAACACCUUUAGACGACGAAAAAGAUGAGGACGAGCCCCAAGAGUUGGUCCAGGCGACGAAUGACACAGUAAUUAACAACUACGACGACGUAUACAACAACACAAAGUACGACGAAAACUGUGAUUCAGCCAAAAACAGUGACAGCGAUUAUGAAUACGUGCACCACGCUAGAUCCAGUUCCCCGGAAUGCGAUGCCGGGAUCAAAGAAAGAGAGGACAAAGACAGGAAAGAGACAACAGAAUUCCCGAAAUACAACUUCCGGACGUCGUUACCGUACUGUGGAAGCGAGACGGAAUCAGAGAUCUAUUCUCCAUACAGCUUCUACAAUUCUAGUGACAAUAUGAGUACAAACGAAGAUUAUCAGCAGGAAAUGAAGAAUACGACAAACAAAUUGAGAAUAAGGAAAGGACGAAGCGUGGUUCACAGGAAUUUGGAGGAUAAUUAUGGGGCAGUCGUGAUAGCGAACCACGAAGCGCUCGCACAGGUUUUGGAACAGGUACAACAGAGCGCAACUAUGCAAGCUUCGCUCCGAGGUCUCAAAGCGUGCACCAACCUCCGCUGGUCAGACUUCACCGUACAGAACAAGACCACCGCAGCCGGCAAGAGGUUCUUCUAUCCAGCGACGUGGAACUCCAGCCAGGGUCCAGUCCACGUCACCCUAAUGCUGUACAAGGAGCAGAUGGCUUCGCAGAUCGUCUGCCAGUCGGUCCAGCCCCAGACGCUAAGUCUGAACGCCAUAACGGAGUUCUGUGACCUGGUACCGUUAGCGCAGUUUGGGGAAGAAGGAGAGGAUUUGGUUCAAGCAACCAUCGUAGUUCUGGCGCAGGCACAAGUCGACACAAUCCAAUCCUACGGCGAAACCCUGUCCGACCACACUGCGGAAACGACCCACGAGGCCAUAUUCAUGAUGCUGCAACUCAUCAACGGGUUGAAGUGUCUUCAAGCCCGUGGGGUAGAAGAGAUACCGGAGUCACUGACGUCGUUCAUAGUUCUGAAGGACACAACCCCGCCGGUACAAACCGACGAGAGAAUGUCUCUUGGGUCACCGAAGACGAAUUGUUACGGACGACUGUGUAUAUUGCAGGGGAUAACCGACGAAAUAAACAAAUCAGAGGAGCUGAAAUCUCUCUGCGCGUGCGCGUUAAAGGCGACUCACACGCUCCUGCCCGCAGCGCCCCUGGCGGCGCUUCUACGCGACAUCUUGCAGGAAGAACGCGCUAUCUCCCUUAACCGUGCUAAAUCAGCUCUAGAGUUCAUGCUUUGGGGUCCUUUGGAUGCCGUUGGUGACUCCGAAAGGGAACUAUCCCUGCAAAGAUGGCUGGACCUAGAAAGGGCUACCGUACUACAUGGUUUGGUGAGAACGAGGGUCCAAUUGAGUACUUUUGAGUUGUUACAUUUGACGUUUUUGGUGAGAUCUUCGGCGAAAAUCAUGGCAGAUGCCGCGACUGCGUUGAAAAAUGCUAAUGUAUUUUGAGAUGUCCCUUAAUGUUUUUGAAGAUUUUUGACAGGAGUUUAUCUAUUUAAGGGCCUUGUUGAUUGGUUGAUUUUGACGUCAGCCAAUCAUAAGCGCUCGUUCAUAAAACUGCUGUUAAAAAUUCUGAGAAACCAGGUAUAAAUGAGUUAUGAAUUAUGAUUUGUGGUCCAAAAUAUAAUAAUGUUUCAUUUUUCACUUC